AGUGGUGCUAUCACAAUAUUCCUAGUAUUUUUAAAUUGAUUAACUAUUUCUACAUGAGAAGUAUAUUUUUCUUAGCCAUCCAGCCUUAUAGAGUUUAAUUAAAUAAAAUGCCCCUCUACCAUCAUUAUUAGCUACAUUAGCUAACAAAACAGUAUCAAAGUAUGUGUAAGUCCUGUCCUCUGGCUGUUUUUAACAUUGUUCUUUUGUUGUUUAUGAUUGCAUGUUCUACCUGUCUAGUUUAUAAGCAGUGUGUGUUCACAUAAAAAUACCAAAUUGCAGCCUUACAGUUUGUCCCUGCUUGCUGUCUCUUAACUUCUGCUGUACUAUCUAUCUGCUCCAACAGGCUGAAUCCAUACAUCUGAAAAAAAAACCUUCAAACAUCUAAAAAUGUCAAAACUCUCACUGAAAAGAUAUCAGUAUGAAUUAUGACCUAGUGGAAAUGUUCAGAGAGAAACUAGACAGCUUCACUAUCUCAGUUAUGUGUCCGUUAUGUCUUUAGAUUACUAUGGCCUGAACAGUCCAGGUCUGACAUGCUAUUUGAACAGCGUGCUUCAGGUGCUUUUCAUGACCGAGGACUUCCGGGAGGCUGUGAAACGAUGCUGCAGUAAAGAUUCAACAACCAUCGACCCACAGCUGGAAAGACUUUUUGCUGAUCUGCAGAGAAGUAUGGCCAAAACGCAUGACGUCAUAAACAAACUGGGGAUCACGAACGUAUAUGAGCAACGUGAUGCUGCUGAGUAUUUUGAGAGGAUCCUGUGUUGGACCAGUCCGGAGGCAGCCAAGAUAUUCAAGGGAGAGCUGAAUCACAAGACCGAAUGCCUCAAGUGCAAAGAGAGGAACGAUUCCAGGAGCUCUUUUUGGUUUCUGCCACUUGUGGUGGAAGAUUUGCUCUGUCAAACCUACAGCGUGGAGGAUGGGUUAAAAGCAUUCUUCAAAGGAGAAAAAGUCUGCGGUGACAACAAGAUGUUCUGCAACCGGUGCAAUAAAAAGCGAAAUGCAGACUUUGGAUGUGAGAUAACACACAAUCCAGAGAUUCUGACCCUCCUGCUGAAGAGAUUCAGCUUUGACUACAAGUGCAGGUGUUACGUCAAGCUUCACUGCAAUGUGGACGUCCCCCAAACUUUACACAUAAAGAAUUGCAAAUACGACCUCUACGCUAUAGUUAACCACUUUGGUAAUCUAACUGGAGGCCAUUAUACUGCACAUAUCAAAUCUUUUGAAACUCACAUGUGGUAUCACUUCAAUGACGACAUUGUUAACAGGGUCAAACAACCACUGUUUGGGGCUGGAGACAAGUAUAUAAGGUCUUAUACAGCUUACCUCCUCAUGUACAAGAAGGUGAGCAAAGAUCCUGAAAAAACUGAUGAAGGUGACCAGGAGGCUCUCUGUCUACAUUCAGAUGUUGAGGCUGAAGUAAGACAUGAUGAGGCAGAGAGAGGAGAUGCUCUCGUUCCUCAUCAUCAAAUGAAAGAUGAAAGCUGCAACGGAGGCGGAAAGAUUAAGCACUUGAAUGACAAUAUAUUGAAGAACUGCACUGAUACGGUUUGGAAGAAACCUACCAACCUUUCUGGGGAACUGGAAAAACAUAAAGAGAGUUUUCUUUAUACAGACACUGGAGCAGAUGGAAUCAGUUUGCAAAGAAAAAGGUCAGAUUUUGCAAAGCUAAAAAAAGAUGGAGGACCAAAAAGUCAUGAGCCAAUCAGACAGCAGCUUGAUACAAACUCAGAGGAGCACAUGCAGAAUCUGAACACCAGAGGGAAUCCCACAACACACCAGUUAGGCCGCAUGUUAGAGCAAAACCAUUCAUCCCCAAAUAAAAGACUGAAAGGGAAUGAGACUAUCCAGGAAAGAGGCGUUGGUGUGUAUGCAAAAAUGUGUGAUUCUGAUGUGAAUUCAUUUCAUGUUUCCUCCAAUGGCUACUCUUCUUCUUUAGUUCCAUACUUGACAGGACACUUGCAAGGCCAGUUUAAAAUUAAAGCACCAACAGGGUAUAACUAUCUACCAAACCUAUGCAGAAAACCAAACAGUUCAAAGAGAGACGAGGAGAGAAUGCACCAUGCUGUAACUGCAGACAGCAGCUGCAAACCGGAGACCAAACUAACUGUGAAAAAGUUAGGACAAACUGCAAGUCCUAGAGAGAGAAAAAAGACUGUAAAGAGCAGGGACAACACAAAAAGAGAGCCAUGGAAGUAAUGAAUAUCAGACUCAGCAAUACCUAAAGAAAAGUUAAAAAUGUGUCAUCAUGUAUGUAAGUUACUUUGUUAGAUAUUAAACCACUUAUCCAGU